AUGCUACAAUUACACCCUUCUAUUUCUUUUUCUUAUACUCUUCUCGGAAACUAUGAAGGUGGUCGUAUGGCAGUUUCUGCAAGCUCUGACCUAUCAGUGUUUUAUGCAACUACGGCUGAACUUUUGACUAUUAGAGAUCCACUGGCUCCUUCUUUGCUAUCGGGGAAUAUUUGUGGUUCUUUUGAUGGAUAUUGGUUGUUAAAGACCAAGGGGAAAAAAGUUUCCUCAGGCUUAAAGGGAUGUUGCGUGUUUCUUACUACAGUGGGCAAGAUUUUAUCAGAAGCACUAGGUUAUACUUUUGUUGACAGUGACGAAUAUGUAGAGCAAACUGCAGGAGGAAAUUCUGUGUCCCAUAUAUUUCAACAAUACGGCGAGGAUUACUUUAGAGAUAUUGAGAGCGAGGCAUUGCAGAAGUUGUCUAUAAUCCCUCGGCAAGUAGUUGCUACAGGUGGUGGUUCAGUAGUACGUCCAAUCAACUGGAAGUAUAUGAGGCAGGGGAUCACUGUUUUCUUAGAUGUACCUUUGGAUGCAUUGGCAAGAAGAAUUGCUGCUGUAGGAACUGACUCUCGUCCACUUCUACACCUUGAUUCUGGGGACCCCUACACAAAGGCUUUUAUGGGACUCUUUACUCUUUCGAAAAAGAGAGUUGAGGCCCAUUCAGACGCUGAUGUUACUGUUUCACUUUUAGAUCUUGCCGACGAUCUGGGAUUUGAAGAUGUAUCUGAUGUUGGACCAGCUGCUAUAGCACUGAGGUGCUUAUACAGAUUCAGAAGUAUCUACAGGACAACAAUGAGAAGUCCAUGCAAACGUUUCUCUAAUUCUCAGUUUGAGAGAUUCUUUUUCCUUUUUUUUUUUUUUGAAGAAAAUAAUUUAUAAUAGUAUUUAUGUAGCUUUUCAUCACUUGCAGGAACGAACUAAGGCAGUCUUGUUUGGUUUUCGUUUCAGAUGUACAGAUCAAAUAAACUCCUUAUCUAUAGAUAUUGCGUUAUGAAUUUUAGUAUUGGAGGGACAUAUGCAAAUGAAACAAAUUAGCAAUUUUGACAAAUUUUUA